GAACGUCUUUUCCAAGUGUGUGCGCUGUGCACCCACACAGUCACACUUCACUUGACACUUCCGCAUGCAACAUGGCUACACCAGAGCCAGAGACCCAGGCGGAGAUCGCGGAGCCGGGGGAUCCGGGUCUGACGGUGGCCUGCGUGAUCCUGGGCCUCUCCUUCGUGGUGGGGGCCCCUGGGAACCUGUUUGUGAUCUGGACCAUCCUGAGGCACGUGAAGAGGCGCUCCCACACCGUGCUCCUCAUCCUCCACCUGGCCGUGGCCGACCUCCUCGUCCUCAUCACCCUGCCCCUCUGGAUCUACUCCUUCGUGCACUCCUGGGUCUUCGGCCUCAACACGUGCAAGGCCACGGUCUACGUGGUCAACGCCUGCAUGUACAGCAGCGUCUUCCUCAUCACCAUCAUGAGCGUGGAGCGCUUCGUGGCCGUGCGUUACCCCUUCGCCUCAGCCGGAUGGAGAAGGAAGCAGGCCCUUCACAAGCUACUGUUGGCCGUCUGGGUGGCGGCCUUUCUCCUCAGUAUCCCCGUCCUCCCCACCCAGGUGCUCGGUGACCAUGAUGACAUGCAGCUGUGUACGUUCAAGCAGUACGAGACCGACUCCCAGGAGAUUGUGUUUGUGCUGCUGGAGACCACGGUGGGCUUCUUGGCGCCCCUUGCCAUCUUGGUGGUCUGCUACGGUUGCCUGUACAGCCGCAUCGCCCAGAUGAACUUCAAGACCAAGCGCAAGUCGACGGGCCUCAUCGCGACGGUGGUCGUGGCGUUUGUCAUCUGCUGGACACCGCACCACAUCGGGAACAUACUCUCCCUGGUCUACAUAGGCAUCAAGACGUCGUACGAGGACGCAGCCACGCACGUAGAGGAGGUGAGGGUGACCAUGGCGUUUAUCGCGGGGGCCAUGGCCUUUGUCAGCAGCGCGGUCAACCCGGUGCUGUACGCCUUCGCCGCCCGGUCGUUUCGGACGUCACUGGGGGACACGGGGAUACAGAAUCUGUUCCGUCACAUCUCCGGCACGGCCACGGGAGAGGGGAGUAAGGACGUGCACUUCACAUCCAGGAGGCAAACCUCACAAACACAAACGCAGUCUUCGCAGUGUUUCACAGAGUCGAAAGCUCAAAUAGACCUCCUUGUGGACAUCUGUAAAAGAGACUUACCUGUAUGCUGACCUUUCCUUAUGUUUUUUUAUUGUUAAGAAGUUUUUGACAAUGUACAAACUGAGCUAAAUGUUACUGUGUUCUCAGAUAAAAGAAAUAUGAUAAUGAUGUCAUUCCUUGCAUUGAUAGUUUGCUAAUUACAUUUUCAAGGAAAUACAUGUUCCUUUGGUAUUGUUGAGCUAUGCUAAAUAUGUAGUGAAUAAUUUAGAUGCAAUGACUCAUUUAAGGGAAUAAAAUCAACAUAAAUUAAUAUAAAUUCUUAAAAGUGUUAAUUCCAAAUAUUGUCACUGUGUGAGCAAAUUCAGCACUUCAAAUUCAGCCUGCUGUACAAUUUUAGACUGAUAUCGGCUACAUAUUCCUGCUGAAACGUACAAAGUUUAGUAUAGUCUGGCAGACAGGCCUGCCGACAGGUGGGGACAAACGGGUCAGUUGUCCCUGGCCCAGGGAGACAGGGGGACCUAGAAUAAGGUCUCUAUUUACGUAUAUUGCUUGUGUUGAGAAAGGGAGCUAUUUGAGAUGAUUUUGCCCAAGGCCCGGCGAAAGCUCUCAGCGGCCCUGAUGGCAGACAUAGUCUGUCUUAAAUGGCCAGUGGCGUGAGCACGGUCUGCACGUCACCAACAUCUGCCUUUUGGGUGUCACAAUCCCUGCAGCGUGAGAAAAGGGGAAACGAGACCUGUGUCACAUUGUUUUUUUCUUUUGUGAAGAGUUGCUAAGAUAUAUGCACGUUACUUGCCUAUAUGGGAUAUUGCGCAAUUAUACUUUAUAUUUUAGCAUUUCCUCUAUUUUUAUUUUCCACUUGAGUUUAAAAAUUGCCUACACAAAUUUUGCUGAUCGAAUGAGUUUUGUAGUCCUUUUUUCAUCAAUUUGUGAAUUAGCACAAACAUAAGCCUAUAAGCUUACUGUCAAGUGUCUGCUGUUUAUCAAUAUUUAACAGAACUUUUAUAU